AUCAUACAAUUCAAUUCAAUUCAGUAGUUACUGAGCAAGAUCAUCAUAUGGCAGAUGCUGUUGUUUCGUUUGUGAUUGAAAGGCUUGGAGACUUGGUGAUUUCUGAAGCUCAAUUCUUGGGUGGAGUUGAAGCCCAAGUUGGGAAUGCACAGAUCAAGCUGCAAUGUAUGAGUGCUUUCUUAAAAGAUGCAGAUGCUUGGGUUAGAAAUGGUACUGAUGAGCGAGUACGACUUUUGGUUGUCCAAGUCAGAGAAAAUGCUUAUGCCUUGGAGGAUGUUAUUGAGACUUAUGUCUUCAAAGUGGCUUCUUCUAAUCACGGAACUAUCAGACGUGCAUUGAAAUGGUGUAUUCGCAUUAUUGAUAUGUAUAAAGUUGGAUCAAAGAUAAAGGAGAUCUCAUCCAACGUUGAUACUUGGACUUCACAGUUAGAAGCACUUGGAGUACACAGAUCAAUACACAAAGCAGAUGAAGCUUCUUCAAGCAACUAUGUCCAACAGCAAAGAAAGUUGAGGCAAGCUUAUUCUUAUGUUGAAGACAACCAUGUUGUUGGAUUCGAUAAAGAUAUUGAGGAGUUGGUUGCCCUUUUGACUGAAAAAGAGAACCCUCAUAAGCAUAAGGUGAUCUCCGUAUGUGGGAUGGGUGGUUUGGGCAAAACUACUCUUACAAAAAAGGUCUAUCAGCAUCCUCAUGUCAGGACUCACUUUGAUUGUUAUGCUUGGGCCUCAAUAUCUCAGCAGUGUAAUACACGCCAAGUCUUGGAAGGAAUUUACAUUGCUUUCACUUCUCCCACCAAAGAAAGAAGAGAAGAGAUCAAAAACUUAAGUGAUGUUGAAUUAGCCAAGGAGCUUUACAACUUCCAGAAACAGAAAAAAUGUUUGGUGGUUCUUGAUGAUAUAUGGACCACAACAACAUGGGAUCUUCUAAAACAUGCAUUCCCUAUUACUACUCAAGGAGACACAUUACACAGCAAGAUCUUACUCACUACUCGGAAUAAGGUUGUAUCUUUCCAUGCAGAUCAACAUGGUUUCAUCCACGAACCUCAUUUGCUCAACGACAAGGAGAGUUGGGAGUUGUUUCAGAACAAGUACUCUUCUAUUGGAACAGAUCCAUCAAAUUCAAAUGAUGAUGAAAGAAGGAAGAAAGAAUUAGCGGUAGAGAUGCUUAAAAAGUGCUCUGGUCUGCCAUUAGCCAUCAUUGUGCUCGCUGGGCUUCUAUCUAAGAAACACACCAUACAUGACUGGGAGUUGAUGAAAGCAAAUGUAAUUCUCUGCAUAGGUCAAGGUGAUCAACAACAUGAUGUUGACUCAAAAUACCGUAGUGUUUCGGGGGUGUUAGGUUUGAGUUACAGCGAGUUACCACGUCACUUGAAGCCUUGUUUUUUGUACUUGGCUCGUUACGCUGAAGAUGUUCCCAUAAGAGCAAAAGAGUUAUGUCAUAUACUCAUAGCAGAAGGUUUUAUAUCGCGAAGAAGAGGUUCUGUGGAAACUUUGGAGGAUGUGGCAUAUGAUUGGUUAAAUGAGUUGGCGGAGAGGAGCAUGAUUCAGGUAAAACAAAUGAGUUCAACAGGGGAAAGGAUAAAAUCAUUUUGCAUUCAUGAUCUCAUGCGAGAUUUGUGCGCGUCUAAAGCUCAAGAAGAAAACUUUCUACAUUUUACUGAUCGGAGGAAUAAUAAAGGGGAAGAGCCAAUAGAAACAAAGGUACGAAGAGUUUCCAUCUAUGAUAAUGAAAGUACUGAUGGUAAUGAUUUUAUUCAUAUGGUUCAAAAUAUAGAUGGAACUCUUAGGUGCUUUUCUAUACAAGAUGGAACAAUUGUGUUGGAAAAAGGAGUAUUGAGACAUGUAUGCAAGCACUUUUUGAAGCUUAGAGUUUUGAUUAUUGGUCACCAGCCUCAUGAUUUCAGUUCUACUUUGAAGUUGCCUAAUGAAAUUGGAAUUUGAUCCAUCUAAGGUUAUUAAUCAUUCUUGGUUGCUUUAUUAAAAGUAUUCCAUCUUCUUUUGGGAAUUUAAGAUGCCUGCACACUUUGAGAGUAUGGACCAGGAGUGGUAAAAUACCAAGUUCAAUGAGCAAGUUGGAGCAGCUGAGGCAUCUGUAUUUUAUCACUCCAGUUGGUAUCGACAUGAAAUUUGGUAAAUUCUUGAGGUCAACUAAGUCAAUAAAUUUACAAACAUUGGUAGGUAUUGGUACCAAGGAUCUUCUACUGAGUGAUCUUCUACAGUUGGAGAGUCUCAAGAAAUUAGGAGUUA